AUGAUAAACUCAACACAUUUCACUACUAUUAUACUGACUGGUUACUUUGAGGUAGGACAGACUAACUACAUUUAUUUUUUUCUUUUGAUACUAUUGUACAUAACAAUCAUAUUAGCAAAUUUACUACUUAUUGGUGUAAUUUAUGUAGAGAGAUCCCUACAUGAACCCAUGUAUAUUUUACUUUGUUGUUUGUCUCUGAAUGAAUUAUAUGGCAGUGCUGCAUUUUUUCCCUUUAUUUUAACCAAUAUAUUAACCACAUUUCACGAAGUUACACUUGCUUCUUGUUAUGUACAGAUAUUUUUUCUGUACACAUACGCAAAUGUGGAAUUUGGAAGUUUAGCAAUUAUGUCUUAUGACAGGUAUAUGGCUAUCUGUCAUCCUUUACUAUAUAGCAGUAUAAUGACUUGUAAUAGGGUAUGCAUAUUGAUUGUACUGGUUUGGGUUGUGUCUUUUUUAAAGUUCACGAUAAACAUUUUUUUAAGUUUACGCUUAGAGUUAUGUGGAAAUAUAAUAGAGAAAGUGUGGUGUGACAAUUAUCUUCUUGUGAAACUUGCUUGCUCUGACACCAGUGUGAAUAACAUUUAUGGUAUAAUUGGUGCCAUAGUCGCUAUAGUUCUUCCCUUAAUGCUUAUUUUAUAUUCAUACAUGAAAAUAUUGAGAGUUUGUUUAAAUUCCUCUGUAGAGACUACUCAAAAGGCCAUGAGCACCUGUGCACCACACCUUGUUUCACUCUUAAAUUUCUCUCUUGGCUGUUCAUUUGAGAUUUUCUCAAGUAGAUUUGAUAAGAUAUACAUGCCUCCUGUGUUGCGUGUGAUAAUUUCAGUAUAUUUUAUCAUCUGUCCACCACUACUUAAUCCUAUUAUGUACGGUAUAAGGUUGUCUAAGAUAAAGAUGGCUUUUAAAAAACAUUUAUUUUUUAAUGUUUGCUUUGCCUAA